UCCACAGCUUCAAGCCAAGCAGUCCAGGUCGGCGGAGGGAGGCGAGCUGUGCACGGAGCACACUUUCUGGCAAAGAUGGUCUCAAUUAAAUCGCCGUCGUCUCUGGCGCACAUGUCCUGCGCGCAGGUUCUCCUGGUUAUGGGCUGCGUAAGUUUCCUUUUCCUUGCUGUCCUGCUGUUCCGGCAGCUCGUCAAGCAGAGAAGACCCCCUGGCUUCCCCCCGGGGCCUUCUCCCAUCCCUGUCAUCGGGAAUAUUCUGUCUCUGGUCACGGAGCCGCACGUCUUCCUCAAGAAGCAGAGUGAAGUUCACGGACAGAUUUUCAGUCUGGACCUGGGAGGAAUCCUGACUGUGGUGUUAAACGGCUACGACUGCAUCAGAGAAUGCCUUUACCAUCAGAGUGAGGUGUUUGCGGAUCGGCCAUCUUUGCCUCUCUUCAAGAAAAUGACAAAAAUGGGCGGUCUUCUUAAUUGCAAAUACGGCAAAGGUUGGAUCGAUCACCGUAAACUGGCCUGCAACUCGUUCCGCUACUUUGGCAGCGGUCAAAGGCUCUUCGAGAGGAAGAUCUCGGAGGAGUGCAUGUUCUUCGUGGACGCCAUCGACGAGCACAAGGGAAAGCCCUUCAACCCCAAACACCUUGUGACCAACGCCGUCUCCAACAUCACAAACCUGAUCAUUUUCGGACAGCGCUUCAGCUAUGACGACCGUAACUUUCAGCACAUGAUCGAGAUCUUCAGCGAAAACGUGGAGCUGGCGGUGAGCGGCUGGGCCUUCCUCUACAACGCCUUCCCUUGGAUCGAGUACCUGCCCUUUGGGAAGCACCAGAAGCUCUUCCGCAAUGCCGCUGAAGUUUACGACUUCCUGCUGCAGGUCAUUAAGGGCUUUUCCCGAGGCAGGGUACCCCAUGUACCUCGGCACUACGUUGAUGCCUACUUGGAUGAGUUGGAGCAGAAUGCAGCAAAUCCAAAUUCUUCCUUCUCCUAUGACAACCUCAUCUAUUCUGUGGGGGAGCUCAUCAUUGCUGGCACGGAGACCACCACCAACACCCUGAGAUGGGCCAUGCUGUACAUGGCUCUUUACCCCAACAUUCAAGAGAGAGUCCACAGAGAGAUCGACAGCGUGCUAACCAAUGGCCGACCCCCCUCUUUGGAGGACAAACAAAAGAUGCCCUUUGUGGAGGCAGUUCUGCACGAGAUCCUGCGCUUCUGCAACAUUGUUCCCCUUGGUAUUUUCCGGGCCACCUCUCAGGAUGCACAAGUGAACGGCUACACCAUUCCCAAAGGCACUAUGGUGAUCACUAACCUGUAUUCAGUGCACUUUGAUGAAAAAUACUGGACGGACCCAGGGGUUUUCUCGCCACAGAGGUUUCUGGACAGCAAUGGUAACUUUGUGAGACGUGAAGCCUUCUUGCCAUUCUCACUGGGGAGGCGUCACUGUGUUGGCGAGCAGCUGGCCCGCAUGGAGAUGUUUCUCUUUUUCACGACUUUGCUCCAGAGGUUCCACCUUCAGUUUCCGCCAGGUAGCGUUCCCACAGUGGCUCCCAAACUGGGAAUGACUUUGCAGCCUAAGCCUUACUCCAUCUGCGCCAUCCGCAGGCAGCACUUUGGAGACACUCCUUAUCCCAAGUAGGCAAGAAGGGCAAUGAUUUGUCCCUAGACUUUAUGUUACAAUAAAACAACAUCCGCUUUUGUACAACUCCACAACACACAGGUACCACAUAAGACUGUAUCAUUUGGGACUGUAAUGGUGCAUUUUUGCCGGUCAUCAAAUCUUUGUACCGGGCAAUAUGUAUGUUUGCACAAUAGACACAAUGCUGUGCAAAGACAGACGUGUUAUCGAUUGAGUUCUGCCGAGCAUACAGCAGUUCUGAGCACAGGAUACAAAAUGUCUAUGAACUUUGAUGAUCCAGGGAUGUGUUGUGUAUAAGUCAAUGAUUGAUACUAAGUACACACGUGCUGGUUCAGAGCCCUUCCUUCUCAGGGCAGCGUCAGGCCAGGCAAAUGAUACCACCGAUUUGCACCUGUGGGCAGAAACAGGACUUUCCAAGAAUGUUCCAGUGAAGCUGGAAACAGGCCAGCUUUGCGUCAUCUGAAGCGACUUUGACACCAUCUCCAGGGAGAGAGCUUUUUGGAAGAACUUUCUCUUAGAAGUUCCAAUGUAACAGAUGGUGGAUUUCUACAAAUCCCUUUUUUUUUUUUUUUUUUACUUUCUGAUGGUGCUUAUCGAUACUUAUAAAGUAUUUUUUUUAUUGUUACGUAUUUCUAGGUGUUCAACUACACAACUUUUACAAGUGUCUGUCUUCCAAUUUUGUACAUUGUCAAUACUUGAAGAAUUAGUGGAUAAGUGAGAAGCAGGAAAAUGACUAUGUUGGACUUGGAAAUUUGACAUACAAUGACUUGAAUUAUUUGUUGUUUUUUGUCAAUUGAAAUACUAAAUGUAUUAA